AUGGACUGUACCUGUGUGUCCGACCUGCUCCUCACGGCCCCGGUGCCAGCGCUCUGGACCCCAGGGUUCGCGUUCCCAGAGUGGGCGUACAAGGCGGAGUCGAGCCCCGGCUCGCGGCAGAUUCAGCUCUGGCACUUCAUCCUGGAGCUGCUGCGGCAGGAGCAGUACCGCGAGGUCAUCGCCUGGCAGGGCGACUACGGCGAGUUCGUCAUCAAGGACCCCGACGAGGUGGCCCGGCUGUGGGGGGUGCGCAAGUGCAAGCCCCACAUGAACUACGACAAGCUCAGCCGCGCCCUCAGGUAUUACUACAACAAGCGGAUCCUGCACAAGACCAAGGGCAAGCGCUUCACCUACAAGUUCAACUUCAGCAAGGUGGUGCUGGUGAAUUACCCGCUCCUGGAAUUAGGGGGGGGGGCUCCGCUCCUGCUGACCCCCGGGCCCUGCCCCGCCGCCACUCCCGGUCCCGAGUGCUCCCCCAUCACCCCCGAGACGCUGCAGUCGCUGUUCUGCGCCCCCCGCCCCGCCGAUCCCCAGGGCCGCCCCUCCCUCUUCGAGAGAUCCGCCGAGGCCGAGAAGCUGCGGCUGGAGGCGGCCAUGCCCUUCCUGGGCUCCGGUGAGGGGGGGCUGCGCGACCCCCGAAACGGGGGGGAGACACUGGGAAUGGGAUCCUGA